AUGGCUCGUCUCACCCUUGCCGGGCUGCUGCUCGCAGCCCUCGCCUCGGCCGACGAUGUCCUCGAUCUCCAGAACAAGGGUCGGCCCAGCAUCGACGCCCAAAUCGCGCUGGGCGACAUCUCGGACGAUGAGAAGAAGGAGUACAUCGCGGCGAUGCUGUGCCUGAUGGACUCGCCGUCCAAGCUGGACCCUACCCAGUUCCCCGGCGCCAAGUCGCGGUACGAUGACUUUGUGGUUGUCCACAUGAACCAGACCAUGAACAUCCACGGGACGGGCAACUUCCUCUCGUGGCACCGCUACUACACCUGGGCGUUUGAGCGGACCUUGCAGACCGAGUGCGGGUAUAACGGGACCCAGCCGUACUGGGACUGGGGACGCUGGGCCGAGGACCCCGAGACCUCGCCUAUCUUUGACGGAAGCGACACCUCUCUGAGCGGCAACGGCGAGAAGAUUGCCCACAACCCGUCGGGCUUCAUCCCGGCUGGUAACGGCGGUGGUUGUGUCCUGACCGGGCCCUUCAAGGACAUGGUCGUGCACCUCGGCCCCGUCUCCCCCGCCACCGACCCCGCGCCCCCCGCCAACCCACGCACCGACGGCUACGGCGACAACCCGCGCUGCCUGCGCCGCGACAUCUCCAACCAGCUCUCCAGCAAAUACCUGCGCACCUCCGACAUCACCUCGCUGAUCACCGGCUCCGCCGACAUUGGCACCUUCCAAACCGUUAUGCAAGGCACCGGCGGCUUCGGCGGCGCCACGGGCAUGGGCGUGCACGGCGCAGGCCACUUCACCAUUGCUGGCGACCCGGGCGGCGAUUUCUACACGUCGCCGAACGACCCGGCUUUCUGGCUGCACCACGGCAUGAUUGACCGUACGUGGACGAUCUGGCAGAGCCAGAACUUGGCGAACCGCACGCAGGUGAUUUCGGGCGGGACGACGAUGUUUGGGGGCGGACGGGCGCAGAGUUUGGAAGAUCCGGUGGAUUUGGGGGUUGUGGCCGACAAGGUGUAUGCGAUUAAGGAGUUGGUGAGCGUGGUGGAUGGGCCGUUUUGCUAUGUCUAUGAGUAA